CUCUGUUAACUUAGACGCGCCCACUUUCACGUGCUUGGCUGAUUUGUGGCGAGUGACAUGGCUUCACCUCACCUUGGGCGACCGACCGACCGGCUGGGCGGCGUCAUGCCAGCGUCGACGUCAUUGGUGCGCCGACCAGCAAUUCUCCUUCGUACUAGUAAUUAGUUGAUAAACUGCCCGCCGCUGCCGGCGCGACGACUACCUUACCUGUCCGACCCUGAAUUCAUUACUCAGUACAUGUGCCUUGGAGCUUCUCUGGUUCCUGAGCGUGUCCGGCAAUUCAACUGUGCUUCCCUUGCAGAGUCAGAAUCACCAUGACUUCGAACGACCCUCCUGCUGGGCCUGCGCUGGACUUGUCGCAAGUCCAUCAUAGCCCCGAGAAGGUAGUCACGGUGGCCAAUACCUCCAACGAGAGGGUCGCCAGCACCAAUGGAAGCAAGCCCGUCAAGGUCAACGCCUCCGACCAGAUCAAACCCAAUGGCGAGCCCCGCAAGAGAAAGCCAGCGCAGAACAACGAGAGCCCAAAGUCGUAUGCGGCAGCCGCAUCGGCUGAUGGUGAACCCGUCCAGGAUGCCACGCCGAGGUCGAACAAACGACUGGAUGAAAAAGAGGAUGAGGAGUAUCCCACCAUCAAGAAAGGCUCCACGAUCCGCCGGGGCACAUCCCAGACCAACGAAGCAGAGGCGUGGGAGGCUGGCGGCAUUCGCUUCGCACCUGUCCAAGUGCCGCUCGUGCGUCGGCUACAGACAGCUGCGGUGCUGUUCCACUGCAUGUCCAUCAUCCUGUUCGUCUCGGCGUUUUGGUUUACGUGCGCCAACCCGUUCGCGUGGCCCAUCUUGAUUCCGUACCUGAUUCACCUGUCCACCUCCACGGCAUCCACGAAUGGAAACCUGGCGUACAGGUCAGAGUGGCUCAGGUCGUUGCCCUUGUGGACGUUGUUUGCCGGUUAUUUCCCUGCGAAGCUGCACAAGACUCAUGACCUAUCCCCGGAGAGGAAAUACAUUUUUGGAUACCAUCCCCAUGGAAUCAUCUCGCACGGCGCCUGGCUGGCUUUCGCGACCAAUGCGUUGGGCUUUGCCGACAAGUUCCCGGGAAUCACCAACAGCCUGCUCACCCUCGACUCCAACUUCCGCCUGCCAUUCUACCGUGACUGGCUUUUGCUGAUGGGCAUCCGCUCCGUGUCCAAAGACUCCAUCUGGAACACGCUGAGCAAGGGUGGCCCUAACAACGACGGUGCUGGUCGCGCCGUGUCCAUUGUCAUUGGCGGCGCACGUGAAUCUCUCGAGGCGCAGCCUGGCACCCUGCGACUGAUUCUCGAGGGCCGCAAGGGUUUCAUCAAGAUGGCCCUACGCACCGGGUCCGACUUGGUUCCUGUCUUGGCCUUUGGCGAGAAUGACCUCUACGACCAGCUCAGCCCAAAGACCCAUCCUCUGGUCCACAAGAUCCAGAUGUUUGUGCUCAAGGUGUUCAAGUUCACAGUGCCCGCUCUCCACGGACGGGGCGUCCUCAACUACGAUGUCGGCCUCAUGCCAUACCGCCGUCCGGUCAACAUUGUCGUCGGCAAGCCUAUCGAAGUCGACCGGCCGCAUGGCAACCAGCCUGUGCAGGCUGACAUUGACAGACUGCACGAGCUGUACGUCGAGGAGAUUGAGCGGAUCUGGAAUGAGUACAAAGACCAGUUCGCCAGCGGACGUACUUCUGAGUUGAAGUUGAUAUCUUAGUGUGGAGGGUUAGGGAAUGUGAGGUCGAUCUGUUGGGUAAACUACAAACAGGUCAACCACGGAACUAGUGCUACGUAGGCAAAUCUGUUAACAGCUAUCUACGUUUAGGCGAUGUAAAAAAUGUACAAUUUUUCAACUUCCAUCGGUCACGAUUCCUUGCAUUUCCAAGCUUCGAAACUCCAUGUCAGUCAACAUUUCAGGCGCAGGGUAAGCGGCAAUUUCGGGGAGGUAUUAUUAAGCAUAAG